AUUCUCAUCAUUUAAACCAGUACUCAUCUGCGUUAAACAAAGGAUAUCUGCGGCGACACGAGCCAUACAUGCAAAAGGUUUGAAGAAGAAAAUUGCGCAAAAUCAAUAAUUAAAAAAAACCCAAUACAUACGAUAAAAAGACAUUGAACUGCUUUUGGGCAAUUUUUUGGAACAUAGUUUCAUGGGCGAACUUCUAGGACAUUAUUUUAACGGUUAUAAACGGAACGCAUAGGCUUGCAGACUGAGAGAAAAGCAAGACGUGAGACAAGAGACACGAGAUAUAGAAGCCACUUAAAAUGAAUAACUCCUUUACCGCUGUAAAACUGAACAAUGGGAAAACAAUGCCCUCCAUCGGGUUGGGGACAUGGCAGAGCCCGAAGGAGGAGGUAAAAACUGCGGUCCGUGCGGCCCUGGACGCUGGAUACCGACACAUAGACACCGCCUACAACUACAUGAACGAGGACGCCAUCGGUGAAGUUCUCCAGGAAUAUAUCAAAAGUGGAAAAGUGAAGAGAGAAGAAUUGUUUAUUGUUACCAAGCUACCAAUGAUCCAUAUGGAACCAAAGCUAGUCAAGAGGUCCAUUGAAAUGAGUCUGAAAAAACUACAGCUGAGUUACCUGGACCUUUACCUCGUCCACUUUCCUGUACCUUUAGUGUAUGAAGGCGAUGAUGAGAAAGUAUUUCCUGUUACCGAGGCAGGUGGAUGGAAAGCAGCAGAGAAGACAGAUUUGUUAGGAACAUGGAAAGCCAUGGAAGAACUCAUCGACUUGGGUUUGACUAAAUCCAUCGGUGUGUCCAACUUCAGUAUUUCACAGAUAGAAAGGAUUUGUAAGAUCGCGAAACACAAACCAGUUACCAACCAGGUGGAAUGUCACGUUUACUGGCCACAGAAGGAGUUGUUUGAUGCUUGUAAGAAACAGGGUGUGACAAUCACUGCCUACGCUCCAAUUGGCUCUCCUGGAAGACCAGAGCGAUUAAAGGGAAAAGACGAACCUGUAGCCCUUGAAGAUCCAGUUAUUACCAAAAUCGCGAAGAAAUAUAAAAAAUCUCCAGCUCACGUUUUGCUUCGAAAUCUUCUUCAAAGAGGCAUAAUUGUGAUUCCAAAGAGUGUGACCCCUGACAGAAUACGCAGUAACAUUCAGGUGUUUGAUUUUUCUCUUACAAAAGGAGAAAUGGACGAAAUUGCAAGCAUUAAAACAAAAAGACGUUAUUUUGAUAUGAUGGGAGCUAUGUUUCCAAAUCACCCGGAGCGACCAUGGUGAACAAAUACUAAAGCGAAUAUAAUUCUGUACUUUUUUACUACGGUAGAUAAUAUUAGAUGUUUUUAACUUGUGAUACAAUAGCGACACCUCUGAUUAUAUUACGACAUGUUUUUACCUGAAGAAAACAGUUUAACCUUUUUAGUUAAAUACCAUAAGUCUUUAUCGGUGCAAGAAUAAAAUUGUUAGUUCUUUAAAAUAGAAUGUUAUUUUUUCUUUGAAAUACUUGUAUGGCCCACAAGCCUCUAUAGUUACAAUGUACAAGCAUACGAACGUUAUAUGUAUUCAUAAAAAAUCCGAGCAUUUUGUGAUGGCAGCAAUAUAUGAUUUGAUAGUUUUAUUGAUUUGUUCAUUUUUUUGAUAUAUUUUUUCGCAUGUUUGUACGAAAGCUGUCAAUUCACAAUUUAAAUUAUCCCUUUCCUCUCAAAAUAGUAACAGACUACAUAAACAGUGUUAAAUAUUGGCUACUUAAAAGAUAUAUUUCACGAGUGGUGCAGUUUUGGUUCUUAUGGAAAUAUUUUAAUCUCCAACUUUUCAGUGAAUCAAAUUUCAUAUCAUUUUCAUUUACUAUUUGUUUCCUUUGUCCAAUAUAGCUUAUUUGUGCAAAGAAAUUCAUACCACUUUUGCUCAUGCAUAUAAGAAUGCCUUUGUAGAUAAAGACCGAAAUAUACAUCUUAAAAGUUUUCACAUUUAAAACAACAGUAGUAAAAUGUACCUGGAAUUUAAUCGUUAAUCAAUUUCUUCUUGUAUCAGUGAUGGAUGAACAAAGCUGAUUGAGAUCUGGUUUUUGGUCACCUUCGGGAAUGUUUUAACCACACUGAUCAGGUAAAGAUCAUUCCUUCCUCACAUGGAAUAUUUUGGUUUCAAUUCCAACUCAUAUUGUUAGAAGGAAAUUUUUCAAUGGUAUAUUAUCAAUAUAGCCUAUUGAAUGAUGCAUGGUGAGAAACCAAACAUUCACUAAUUUAGUACGCAAGCCAUUAACAACAUUGGUUCACAGUACAUCAACUAAAUUGAUACAAACGAUUUAUUAUAAACAAGGUCAUUAUAGUUCAAACACGAAAUAUAUUGAUUUUUAAAUAAUUAAGUUUUCUGUUUGACUAUUUCCACAUUAUUAUAUCGUUUAAUGAUUAAAUUGUGUUUUAUUCUCUUGUUUUACAAAAUAAUCAAACCGAUGAUCACGAAAAUCAACGUAUUCUCAAAACUUUGCCAUCUCCGUCUGAAAAAACAGGUAUUAGUUGGUUGAAUUAACCCACGAGAGCCGUUUUAAAAUUAU